CAAGAUGGAAGCAGUGUCAAGAGAGAUGACUAUUGUGUAUCCUGUCUGAGCAGAAUGUACUUCAAGUAAUGUGAUGUUUUAUUCCAUUUUAAAAUGUACAUAGAUGGCCUAAUGGGAAUUAAACUGCACACUCUUUAAUGUCAUCAUUAGUCUUCUCUGUAGCAGCACUUAACGUUAUACACCCCAAAAUAAAAGGAGAAAGCAUUUCACUGCCUGACAGAACCUAAGAUAUACAUUUGAUUGACAACAGGAUAUUUUAAAAGAAACAUGCAUAAAGUACUUGUAUUUAAUUGUUAAUAGAUGAAGCAGCAGAGGAGGUGGAGGGAGUUAAAUGAUCUUAAAGCAGGUAGUAGUGUAGCAGCCAGGAUGCUCAGCAUUAGUGUGUGCAGACAGACUGAGCCUCGUCUUCGACGUGAGUCGUGGACGGUGUAUGUGAGGGCGGGAUCUUCACACGUGAAGGAUCCAAACUAUAUAAAAGAGCCAAACGUUUCGAGAUGCUUCCUCAUCACUGAGCCGUGUCUGUGAUACAGAACAAAAUAUAAGAAGAAAAAGGAGGUCAUCACUUUAUACACUCUCUUUAAUGUCACAGUUUUGAGCAUCAUGAGGAUCCAGUUUGUCUGUUUGCUGCUGGUGCUGCUCUCUGCCACUGUGCUCUCUAAGAAUAAAAACAUCAAAUAUCGAUACAACAAGUUCAUAAACCAGCACAUCAUUGCAGAGAUGGAGGUCUGUAGCUGUGAUUCUGUGAUGAGAACAAGAAAAAUCGAGCGUAAGCAGAUCAACACCUUCAUCAUAUCCGACAUCCCAGCCGUGAGAUCCAUCUGUGUGGGUAACGGAGAGCCUGAUGGUAACCUGACCAAAAGCAUCAAACGCUUUAACAUUGUCGUCUGUAAACUGAGAAAAUGUAUUUACUUCGGUGAAAUAAAAGAAAAAAAGAAAGUCAUAAUAAAAUGUGAAGGAGGCUUUCCUGUGCACUAUGGUAGAGACAUUGAUCACUGUGAGAACUGA